AUGCCGUGGCUGUGCGGCCUUGGGUCUCUUCAUAAGCGAGGUCCGCCAAAAGGUUAUAUCCUUGCUAUUGAGAGGCGGCUGCAUCAGGUCGAGGCACUGUUAGGGACAAUCAUUGGUUCAGACGACCCACGUGCCAACGGUAUUCUCCAAGACCUCUCGCAAGAUAAAUUAGCUAGCCAAAUCAUUCAGCGAGUGGACGUAGGACCCUUCGGUCCGAAAGGACGUGUUGCGCAUCCCUUCGGCUCGACCAAGGAAGACUUUCUGGCAUCGAUUAUGACCGGGGUCAGUGAGGACCCGUCCGGGUCGUCAAAGGAUGGUCGAACCCGAUCCGACAGCCUCGCCCUUGUGAGCCCGAGUAGCAGUUGGCAGGAUAGCCUUCAGCGUCUCCUCCUACCUAGGGCGUCUGCAACCGCGUUCUCUCAUAAUGAUACCGCGACGGAGAUGACGGGUACAUCAACUCCGGAUCCGAGGGCUAGACGGGCAUCGUUCCCUCUCAUGUCGAACAACGUAACCUUCCCAGCCAAAGCACCUUCCAUCUCUCCCAUGGUAUCCUUGUCAUCCCUCGCGUCUUUCCCAUCCGAGAAUGGUAGCGAACGUGUAGGAUGGGAGAGCCUCGAGGGUUUGGAACGCAUUGACAGUGAGUCUGCGGACUCCGAAGAUUUGGAAGUGAGGAUGCCCCCGAAGAUCGACGAUGUCUACGUUGACCAAGAUGGGCAGCUACGAAUGGCCAGUCGUAUUAGUGGUUUGCAGCUACUCCAUCAAUGCCAAUCCAUUCUCACCGGGCGACGAGAAGGGCACUUUGAAUACCCGUGGCGUUCGGAAACCCCGGGAGCUGGCGUAAAUGCCGCGGCAACCUCCCUGUGCGCAACGCCGACGGAACAGCAACAGCGCAGUAUGAUUCAAUUGUACUCCGAAUAUGUACACCCAAUGUUCCCAAUUGUUAGCCGUUCUACCUUCGCCACAUUAUAUAGUCAAAACCGUUCGGCUAAUCUGUACGUCACCUUUAUACCGUCCUUGUAUUAUCCUGACGUCGGUGCACCUCAGAUUCAGUUCACGGACGAUCCCACCCGCUCCUUUGUCAAGCUUUAUUAUUGCUUGGGUAUUACAGCGUUGGCAUGGAUCUGCCUGGCUGCUGAUAUAGACAAUGCGCUAGGGAUGACGGUACGGAUGGCGGAGGCCCUUGGUAUUCACAGAACUGCGGAAGAGCUCGCUCCAUCCGGCCACGGCGUAUUAACUAUAGAAGAUCAGCAAAUGCGGCAGCAGAUCUGGUCUGGUUGCCUCGUGGCAGAUAGAUACAUGGCUGUGCUCCUUGGUCGCCCUUCCGCCAUUCAAUUGUCCGCAUUCGACGUAGCACCGGUGGACAUUAGCCAGUCGAGAGAAGAGGGCGUGUUCUAUUCUUCACUGCACGUUGACCAUCGUGUGCAACUAGGCAACGAGAGUACUGCACUGCUGUGCUUCAAUGCUUCUCGCUCUCUUUCAUGCAUCAUUGGCUCUGUCAUGGAUGAGCUAUAUCCUAUCACGCAGCCGCCGAAAUCACACCUUGAGCGUCGUGCAAAGCAUCUCGAGUACAGACUCUCCCAGUGGCGACAAUUGCUACCAUCUGCUUUGCUUUUUGACCAGUCACGGAUCGGCGUCCUUCCUCCGCCCUGUGUUCUUGAGCUCCAUCUGCAAUACUGGCGGACAGUCAUCUUGCUGCAUCGAGCGUUAGGCUUCUACUCUGGUCCGGACAGUAUGCAAUCGAAAGCACUCGCCACAUGUCGAGAUGCUGCAGGACAAAUAUCGUCGAUUGGUUCUCAUCGGCAUUCGUUCCCGGAUAUCUUCUCUGUGUUGGGUAAGUGA